AAAUAUAUUUCUGCAGUGAUCCCUAGUUAUGAAUCAAAAUUAAAUUCCUGUCCAUCGAGCGAAAACAGAACAAAACAGUAUUUUAUAAAGAAUUUUAAUUUUUUUUUGUUUAAAAUAAAAAACAGGGACAGUCACACCACUGAACGCCUGAAAAGAAUAAAGCUUCAUCUACAUGGAUGCUAUUAUUAUAAUUAUGUAAUAUUCCAGAUCAACAUUUAAUAAUAAUCAAGAAAUACUAUAUAAUACUAUAUCUUUUUAAUAAUGGAACAAAUAAUAACAAAAAAAUAUUGUACCUCGUUUACAUAAAGAUUGUAAACAUGAAUAAAAUAAAAUUGAUCCCCACAGAAAACUAUUAUUCUGAAUUUCUGAAACAACAUCACUGUUUUCCAUGUAAACUUAACUUUAUAGGGUCUGUCAUGUUGUGACUUUGAGCAACAAAGACAAACAGUAACUUAAAGAAAUGGCGGUUUCUAGAAAUAAACAGCAAUCCUAAUAUUUGGUUACGCUGUAGUAAAAUUCAAACACAUAUCUGAACAUAAAUUCUGUUCUUGUACGGGGCCAGCAACAAAACGUCUACGUUCCUCAAAGUCCUUUUGACUUUAAUAGUAAAGUAAAGUAAAACGCAGUAGUAUGUUUAAGUAGUGCCUGUUUCAAAGUAUUAGGACCCAAAAAUUGUGGCUUAAAGUACUAUAAAAUGCGGUCACAAUACUGAAUGUUCAGUGUGGAUCAAAAUUUCAUCAUCGUAAUUUUAUACGUUUUUUUAUGUAAAUAAGCCAGAAUAUUACAAAUGAAUUGAUGAAUAUUAUUAAAUGAUGACAUUUAGAAACUACAUCCGUUAAAAAAAGUAUAUCGUCCGUAGAAAAAUCUCUAAAUGUUCUUGAUCCAAUCAUACAAAUUCAGCUGGGGACAAGUAAAAAAAAACCUACUCCUGUUUAUUUAAAUGCUGUUAAAACAAAAUAAUAAUUAAUUAAAACAUAAAAACAUAUAAAACAUAAACUAAUAUAAUAAAUUAAAAUUAAAUGUAUUUUCUUUGGUCCAGUAUCUUUAAAAACUCAAAUAGUUAAUGGGUUUAAGAAUAAAAUUAGGUCAAAUCCGGGGGACAAGCAAAAAACGCACUUUACAAAAAAAAAAAAAAAGCUCAGAUAAAGUAGUCCCUAGAAGAUCAAUUAACUUGCGUAAUAUUACGUUUUGUCCAUUUAACGUAUAGUUACGACUUAGUGACAGGGGUCGCGGGAUUGUACGAAAGCAACACUCACGCUGCUAACCCAUAGCGGGAGGAGUCAUUUGAUGAUUUCCCAUCAAGAAAAAAAAUGAUUUUUGUGACUUUGUUUAUUGAUUAAUAUUACAUUGUUAUAUGUCGGAUGCAGGUCGCCUCCAACAGGUAUCUGUGGAGAUCUAAGGGGGAGGCCUAUGUUCAGCAGUGGACGUCCAACGGCUGAGAUGAUGAUGAUCAUGAUUGUUAUUUGUAAGUCUAGAGACCGCCUGUGAUAAGGUUAUUAACAAUUAAAUACUUUUAUUUAAUGAAUGUAUAUGAUGUUGUUGAUUUAGUAAAGGCAUGAUCACCAUGACACCAUGACCUACGGUGGCCUCAUAAAGCCGGAAUGGCUUUCUAAAAAUCCAUAUUCCAUCAUUCCGAUUUCCGAUCCAUUAUUAUCUAUUCACCGUCCAAGACAAGAUGAAGUUCACUAUCUUAGAGCAGAUUGUUUGGAAAAUUAUCGACAGGCACUUAUUCAAGAAAGAACAAUGUACCUACAUGUUCUUCGUUAGGAGAAAUACCUACUUUGUACCAAGUAGGUAAAGAGGGAAUUUUAACUUUGCUACAGACCGCAUGUGAGAUGAACCCUGAAGAUAUAGGUACAAUUAAAUAUUUAUGCAUGAAAGAUUUUUUCAAAAUGGAAAUAUAUAUGCAGAUCUAAAUAAACGCAAAUAUUAGUUUUUAAAUGAUCAUAGAGAUUUUGAUAGCAAAUUCCAUAACCGUGUCAAAUAUGUAUUGUCACAAGUUUCAUGGAUGACAUGUUUCUUUACUAGUUCUUUUUACGUAAAUAUUUCUUCGAUUCGGUUUUACUUUCUAAUGCUUUUACCAUAAUUCGAUGUUAGUGGAUAUAUAUUUUAUCGAUAAAGUAUAUAAGUGUUUGAUGACCGCACAGACCACAAAAAUCUACAAAGGUGAUUCUCUCCGGGUCGUUUUACGGAAUCAUUAUAGUAUUGUGUGCUUGCAUAGUUCUUAGUUCCGAAAAUGCAACCUUUCUGCAGAGACAGGUAUUGUUUUUAGAUUUUUUAUUUUAUUUUGAAAUGACAUAAAAUAUUUUUUCAUAUUCUUGUUCCAAGAUCUUUUGUACUUAAUACAUAUUCAAGAACAAUUUUUUGUCGUGCUGUUGGUGCAUCUACCAUCAUUUGCGUAGCUUCUUUCCAUCUAUGUUGGGGUCGACUUCCAGCUAAGCAUGCAAUUGGAGCACAAAUACAAAUAAAUAAACAAAACAAGGAGACUAAAAACUAAGCAAUUAGAGAUUAUAUAAAUCUAUAUGUAUUUCAGAGACGCAGCAAUUUUCGAAGAUAUGGUACUAAGGUAGAAUUAGGGCGCUGGUCGCAUCAUGUCCUCAUCUUCCGAUUAAUCGAUAAAUAUAAGUCUUUAUAUCGUGCCUUCUGCGCUGGGAGUAUUAUUGGGGAGACAAGAGUUUUAACUUCAGCCAAUUGUUUUCUUACAAACAGGAAAAGGUAAGCUAAAAAUCUAGAAUAUUUAACUUUUUAUCCGGUGGGAAAAGUAGUAAAAGCGUCGUAGCCGAUUGUCGACUACGGCAGCUGUUUUCAUAUAAGGAGAUCAACAAGCUGCGCAGGACAUAUUAUAGUGCACAAGCAUUUGUGCAGACACAUGUGCACUCUAUUCCUUCGCUCUCAUAGCCCGAUGGGACGGCAACCCGACAGGACCGGAGAGAGACUGAUGCACGGGCGUAUCAAACUCCAAGUCCCAGACUAUGGACUGCCUUUUAAAAGUUUUUAAAAGCCAUUUGAUUUCAGGAAAAGACAUGAAUACCGUCUUGUAAGAGUGGUGGCCGGUAUCCUUAAGACAUAUGCGGCAGAGCCGGUCUCAGAUGAAGUUCAACAAUGGCGAUCAAUGAACCAUGUGUAUUCGCAAAAAUUCUAUAGAUUCCCUGCUUUCAACCUUGCUAUUGUGAAUGUCACUAAGCCCUUUGUUUUCAACACCAUGGUCAACAAAAUUCCCUUCGCUACUCGAGACUAUGAUUUCGACGGUAUGUGUACAGCUUCAGCUGUUAAAGCUUCGAAGAGCUGGUCCAAAGUGAAGUAUUUGUACACAGAAGAAGUAGAAAUGAUGACGAGAGCGGAAUGCGAGAGGCUCUUGUGCAGAAGCUGCAGACUCUUUAUGUGCUCGUUAUUCGAUAAUCGAAUCCGAUAUGCAUUUUCUGAAACUGAAGGAGGAGGCCUGAUAUGCUUCGACACGGGUGAUCCUGCAGAGGUGGAUCCAGACCAAGGGGUGUUGGUUGCCGUGACAACGAUCAUCAACAUCGGCCUUCCAAACCUUCACAUGAAAGUGGGGCUAUUCAACAAAUGGGUCAAAGAUAACAGUUGCAAUAUGUGUGCUAACAAAUUUGUAAUGAUCACUUGCAUUAUUGUUUGUAUUAAUAAAUAUUUUUUUGAGUAUCUUUUGAUUUAUCUAAAUUUCACAGUAAGAAAAAAUUAA